AUGAUUGGCAAAGCUCAGUAUACAACAGAGAGAGAGAGAGUAAGGAUUUCUGAUCAGAUUACUUGUAGGUAUGAAAAGGACAUGCUAGCAUUUAUUGGUUGCAAUCACAACCUUACUAGGAAAGAGGCUGAGGAGCUCAGGAAAUUAAGACGCAAAGGCACUGGAAAAAUGGUAUUACUGGAAGCACUGGGAUACCCAUCUAUCACUAAGAUCUACAUAGUUGCCGGGGAAAUUUAUGGUCAAAAUGGCUUAAAUGCUCUCCGUGAAAAGUAUCCUACUGUGUAUUAUCAUUCUAAUAUAGCAUUGAAGGAAGAACUACAACCAUUCGACCAACUGCAAAAUCAGUGUGCUGCCUUAUAUCGUGACCCUUAA